AACAGAAGAAGAGUGACGGAGGGAGAGGAAGGUCAAGGGAGAGCGAUGGCGGUGAGACAGAGAGCAGUAACAACUCUUCCAAAGCUGAUACAGAGUCUGAGGAAGGAGCGCCCAAAGCCAAUAUAUAAUAAUCAUGCGUUGCCAUCGCUGAGACGGGCUUUCUCCCUCUACGAUCAGAUCAAUCUCAUUGAUAAAGUCCCCGACGACCAGCUCCUCUUUCAACAGUAUCAUGACGACGGUUUCACCGUGAACGGGGUUCGGUAUGAAGGCAGCUUGCUCUGCGUGGGGAAUUUGCUCAUGUCUUGGUCCCCUAAAAAGUUCUCUGAGAUUACUCCAGACAGUUUAUCUAUGUUUCAGAUCAUGCGGCCUAUUCCUGAAAUUCUGAUCCUUGGCUGUGGAAGGGACAUUCAACCCGUGGAUCCUGAACUUAGGCACUUCAUUCGGUCUACUGGCAUGAAGUUAGAAGCUGUCGACUCGAGAAAUGCUGCAUCAACUUACAACAUAUUGAACGAAGAAGGCAGGAUUGUUGCUGCUGCGCUUAUCCCGUAUGGAGUUUCUACAUGAUGCCUAGAUGUCGUCAUGCCAUGUUUAAAGAUGCUUAGUUGCAAUUCUUCUCGUCAUGCCAUUCAUUGACCAAUGGACGCAUUUCACCUUGUCGUCAUAAAACAUUAUUAAAAGGAACACGAUCCCUUAUUUGGC